GACCCGAGCUUCCUGUGCCCCUUUCCUACCUACUAGCUGCGAGCCUCCAACUCGGUCCGCCAUGGCGUCCCAAGCUUCAGCAAAGGGCCAGGUGUCGGCCACGCUGCGGCCGAGGCUCACUGGCAUGUUACGAGGGCGCCUGUACCCCUCGGAGCGUGUGCACUUUGACAUCGACCAUGAGGCAAUCAUCCGCUACCAGGCUCUGGAGAAAAAGGCCAAGACCGGGGACAAGAGCUCCGCAAAGGACGGCUUCUGCGUUCAGAAGUUUGUGCGGCCAGAGGCACUGGCGGGUGACCGCCACGAUGCCAGGCAGUACUUCAACUCCUUCUUGAACCAGUGCGGCAAGAUUGCAGGUGAUGAAGGGGACAGACAGAGCUUCUCCGAGUUCGUGUACGACACCACUGCUGGAAAGGGUGCAUCCAUGAACGAGGAUGAGCAGUAUGAGGCGAUCAGAGAGGUUGUCGUGACCUUUACGAAGCAGGACUUCAGCCGGCUAAAGGGAAUCGCCCAAAAGCUGCUGAGGUAUGACCGAUGGCCAUCCACGGAGGAGACAACUGAUGGCCGUGGCAGAUAGCCGCUAUAGCCAGAAGCAAGAGUCAUUUCGAAAGAAGAUGUUG